CGCGGAGGUCCCUAAACAUGGACACAGCCGGUGCUGGGUCCGGGCAGCCGGCCUCGAGCCUCGAGCCCCCGGGGUCCGCAGACGAUCGACUUUUCCUGGUGAAAGGUGGAGUUUUCCUUGGAACUGUGGCUGCCGCAGGAAUGCUAGCUGGAUUUGUUACGACACUGUCAUUGGCUAAAAAGAAAAGCCCUGAAUGGUUCAAUAAGGGAAGUAUGGCCACAGCUGCCUUACCAGAGAGUGGGUCUUCCCUUGCCUUGCGAGCCUUGGGUUGGGGCUCCCUUUAUGCAUGGUGUGGGGUUGGUGUGAUCAGCUUUGCUGUCUGGAAGGCUUUAGGAGUUCACAGUAUGAAAGACUUUCGAAGUAAAAUGCAGUCGGUAUUUCCAGCAAUUCCCAAGAAUUCUGAAUCGUCUCUGGAGUGGGAGGAAGCAUUGAAAUCCAAGUGAGAUGAGCACGAUGGGGAAAGGCUAAAACAACUGUUAAGGAAAGGGGGACUUUGGAGAUGCCACAGAAGCAAGGAGACUCACCUGAUUUCUCAUCAGGAACAUGUGCAUUGUUGCCUGAACCCAUAGAUGGAUGGUGUUCAGUGUCCACAUAGGAGGCUGACAGUUUAAAAUUGACAUGGGUGUAGGUGUAUAUUAAGGUAUUCCCAAAAUUAAGAAUAUUGUUUGAAAGUAAUUACAUGGAUAUAACCUCUCUGUGGAGAAGAUCCCCAGGGAAAUACUUCUGUUUAUAACAGCUAAAACCAAGUUUUGUACCUGAAAAAAUUUUAUAAUAACAUUUGAUGGAAAAUCUUUAUAGACAGAUUCCUAACAGCACUAGUACCUCAAUGUGUCUAAUUAAAUGAGUUUCAAUAGC